CUUUUCACUUUUCAGUAUGAGGAAGUGUGUGCGCGUGAAGUUUUAAUGGAAGAUUCAGCUUUAAAAACUACAUUUUACCGCUUUAUUAAAGAUUAAAGAACAGAUAUAAACACUGGGUAUAACAGCGCGGUAGUUACAUCGUAUUUAACAGUGUAUUUAAGUGUUUAGAAGCGGUGACUUUGAUCCUGUUGUUGUGAAGGAGCGGAUUCAGGUGAUAAAGGACUGUGGAGAGAGCUGGACCUGAGGGGUCAGCAUGAGCCGAGCUUCUCCCAUGCAGCCCCAGAACUGCGGACCCUGGGAACUGAAGGAGAGACUCGGGACCGGAGGAUUUGGAAAUGUUACUCGGUGGCAGAACAAGGACUCUGGGGAUCAGAUCGCUAUAAAGCAGUGUCGUCAGGAGCUGAGCUCUAAGAAUAAGGAGCGCUGGUGUUUGGAGAUCCAGAUAAUGAAGAGGUUGAAUCAUGAGAACGUUGUGGCGGCGAGGGAGGUGCCGGAGGAGUUACAGAAACUGGCCACUAAUGACCUGCCGCUGCUCGCCAUGGAGUACUGCCAGGGAGGAGACCUGCGCAAGUAUCUGAAUCUGCUGGAGAACUGCUGUGGGAUGAGAGAAGGCUCUAUUCUGAUCCUGCUGAGAGAUAUAUCCUCAGCGCUCACGUACCUCCACAAUAAGAGGAUCAUCCACAGAGACCUGAAACCAGAGAACAUCGUGCUCCAGCAGGGGGAGAAACGGUUGAUUCAUAAGAUUAUAGAUUUGGGUUAUGCUAAGGAGCUCGAUCAGAGCAGUUUGUGCACAUCGUUUGUGGGGACUCUGCAAUAUCUGGCUCCAGAGUUGUUGGAGCAGCAGAAGUACACGGUGACGGUGGAUUACUGGAGUUUUGGGACGCUGGUGUUCGAGUGCAUCACUGGUUUCAGGCCGUUUCUGCCCACGUGGCAGCCUGUGCCCUGGCACAAUAAGCUGAAGCAGAAGCACGAGGAUGAUAUCGUAGUUUAUGAGGAUUUAACUAAUGAGGUGCAUUUCUCCAAACACCUGCCGCAGCCCCACAACCUCAACAGGCUGUUAUCCGGCCGGUUGGAGCGAUGGCUGCAGCUGAUGCUGAGAUGGUCUCCUCAGGAGAGAGGUAGAGACAGUAAGCAGAGCUCCAGUCCGACUGAGAGCAGCGACUCGGAGGGGAAGAGCAGGAAACCGCAGGACGGAGGGAAAGAUUCUCAGAGCGGAUCCAGCAGCUGCUUCCAGGAGCUGGAGCGAAUCCUGGAGCUGAAGCUGGUUCAUGUUCUGAAUAUGACCUCGGCGGAGAUCUGUACGUACACGGUUCAGCCCGGAGAGACCGUAGCGUCUCUACAGGAGAGAAUCGCUCAGGACACACACAUUCCCUCAGCCAAUCAGGAGCUGCUGCUGGAGGCUGGACUCGCCCUGGAGCCGCAGAACAACGUGAUGCAGUGUGCUGUGGAUUACACUUUGGUUGACGGGCGUCGGGCGGAUGUUCCCCUGGUGUUUCUGUUUGAUCGCUCCUGCUGUAACUACGAGCCUCAGUUCAGCCCGAGAAUCCUCCCCGAAAACAUCCGAUACGUCCAGACGGAGCCGAAGCGCAUGCUGGCCUACAGUCCUCAGAGACGGACGUGUGGACAGGCCUGGCACACCAUCCGAGCGCUGAAGGAGGACUGGCAGAAGCUGCAGCAGGGACAGAAAGCAGCCAUAAUGAGUCUGCUGAGGCACAACGGUUCGCUCUCUAAGCAGAAGAAUGAGAUGGUUUCUGUUCAUCAGAGACUUAAAGCUACGCUGGAGUUCUUCACCACCAGUCUGCACAUCGAUAUGGAUAAAUAUCAGGAGCAGAGAGCUACAGGCAUCGCGUCGGAGAAGUUACUGGGAGUGUGGAGAGAGAUGGAGCAGACUGCACUGAACCGCGGUCAGACAGAAGAUGUGAAUAAACUGGAGGAGGAGAUGAUGAAGUUACAGACUGAUAUAGUGGAUCUGCAGAGACACCCAUGGAGGAGUGGUGAAGCUCUGGAGUCACUAGAGGUGAAAGCGAUGGAGUUAUUUCGGAAGCUCAGAGAGAAACCGCGAGAUCAGAGGUGUAUGGGAGAUUGUCAGGAGGUGGUGAAGCUGGUGGUUCAGGCCAUUCAGUUCUAUGAGAAGAAACUGCGGGAGUUCUACACACACCUCAGUAAGACGGUGGUGUGCAGGCAGCGGGUGAUGGAGCUGUUGCCGCGGGUGGAGGGCGUGGUCAGCAGUAUGGCUCAGUGUGAACAGGAUCUGCUCCGCAUGCAGGAGAAGAGACAGAAGGAGCUGUGGAAUCUCCUCAAAGUGGCCUGUAGUAAAGUUCGCAGUCCGGUUAGUGGGAGUCCGGAUGGAGGACGGACCCCACCUUCCUCCGGUCCUCCACCCCUGCAGCUCCGACCUGCUUACUCCAACAGUCUUCCUGCUCUCCACCAACCGGAGGAGUCUUUGAUAGUAAUUGAGGAAAGUAAGACGUUUGAGAGCCGGUUGCAGAGUCUGGUUCAGGAAACCAUUAAAGAGACAGAAACCAACAUGCAGUUACUGAAGGAAUGGACGUGGCUGAACGGAAGUCAGGAUCUGUCCUGAUGUUUCUGAUUCAUCUUCAGUAAACUUUUAAUAUAAAUAAGAGAAUAAUGAAAUAAAGGACCUGCAUAUCCGGGUUAUCAGCAGUCCUGAACAUUCAGCAUCUAAUAACCUGCUGAACACGAGACUGCUGAACCUCUAACGCCUCCUACUGGACAAACUGACUCAAUGCCACAGACAGAUCACAUUUUAUCUUUUCAUUUUUAGUUUUUGUUUUAUUGAAGACGUGUACGACUGUAAAUAUUCUGCAUUACUGUAAUGUUGAUGUUUAGAUUAUGUUU